AAAAUGUUUGCAACGUUUAAAACUAUUCUCUGCAUUGUUUCUGUUAUUUCAAUACUGGAGACAACAGCGGAAAAUGCAGUUCCCUGCUUUCAGAAAGAAUCAAAAGAAAUCAGAGAUUCGAACCAAACGAAAAGUUCGGAAACAGAAAUAGAGAGUGACAAUUCAACAAAUCUGGAAUUGCCAAAACUGAUUGUAAAUUCAACGCAAAAUAUUUCGAAAAAUUUAACAGACGAAACGGAAAUAAAUAAAUCAGUAAAUACUGCAAAUAAUAUUACAAAUACGGAGCAAACGAUAGAAGACAAAAAUUCUUCCUCAACAACUGAAUAUUCAAUAAAGGAAAAUACAGAUAAUUUGAUACAGAAUAUUUCAGAACGCACUCUACCAAUUUUAAAUUCAACCGUCGAAAAACUCGAAAAAAAUAACAACGAAGAAACAACAAAAAUUGAUGGAAAUGCAACAAUUAAUUUGAAUUCAAACACAAAUGAUAGUGAGAAUAAAAAUUGUACGGAAUUGGAAAAAAAUCAGAAAAAUCUGACAAAUCUUACUGAAAUAAUUACAUCUGAUACGGAAAAGUCUGCAACAAAUACGACGAUCCAAGAAAAUAAAGAAAAACGACAAAGUCAGAAUGAAAACAACAGUGAGGAUAACAUUAAAAAUGAAGAGGUAUUUUUAAAAGCCUUUAAAAAUUGCGAAUUACUUGUUGGCGAACGUUUUCUUCGUAUGGGCAUUCAGAAUCCUGAGAAAAUUAGAAAAUGUGUUUUCGAUGAAUUAAAAAAAGCAGAAACCUUCAAUGGAGAAUACACAAAAUUUCUCGAUAAUUCGAAAUUUAUUCGAAAAUUGUAAGU